AUGAGAGAAUUAACCGGAACACGUCGAAUAUUUCAAAAAAAGUUUGAAGAAAUUGGUGAUGGAAAUUUGAACGUGGAUAUUCUUGCAGGAAAUUUGCAUCAUGAAAAACAAGUAUCUCCAAAUCGUGAAAUUGAGAUUGCAGAACCUUUGAUAGUUCAAGAGAAUCUUUUUGAUUAUAGUGAGAGUAGCUCUGAAGAGGAUAAUGCUAGUGAUGUUAGCAACAUAGAUCUUACUGCAACAGUGACAUGGCAAGAGCAACCAGUAACUAUUGAUCAACGUGCAACUCAUUUAGCAUAUAAUUUGGCAUAUAUUAAUGAGUACAUGACCUGGUUAGGACUUUGGGUAUUAAUGUCUGUUGUUCCUGUAAGUGAUCGCUGUUAUUAUUGGAGGACUCAAGAGGGUACACAACCUUUAUUACCAUUUAAUUUUCAACGUUGGAUGAGUAUUUUACGUUUUGAACAAAUAGUGUCAAAUCAUACAUUAAUGAUGCCAAACGAAUUAGAAAUAUCUGAUGAUAAUGAUCUAUUAUCUUCAGUACGUAGUUUUAUUAAUGCUUUUAAUGCAAAUUUAAUUGAGGCUGUAAUUCCUGGAAGUGUAUUAUGUAUCGAUGAGUCAAUGAACUCAUGGUUAGGUAUCAAAAAUAAAAUUCCAGGUUGUCGUAAAAUACCACGAAAACCACAUCCUGUAGGACAAGAAUGGAAGAUUCUUGCUGAUGGUUUGACAAAUAUUGUUAUUCAUUUAGAACCUUGUGAAGAUAAAGAAAUCGAAAAACAUAAAUGUUUUGCUUCAGAUUAUGGUAGUACUACUGGGUAUGUAUUACGAUUAACACAACCGUGGUUUGAUAGUGGCUGUACAAUAGUUGGUGAUAGUUGGUUUGGUUCACCAAAACUUUGCAUUUUAUUAAUGCAAAAUGGAUUAUACAGUAUUUUUCAUGUAAAAAAAAGACGUGGAUGGCCAGUUGAUUAUCCUCGUGAUAUGGUUCAAAAACUUGAUACAUCAACAACAGCAAAAGCUGAUGAAGUUGAACAUGUAAUUAAAAAUAAUACUAGCUCAACAAUUGUUACAUUCACAAGACCAAAAGUUUUUUAUGAAUAUUCACAAGCAAAAGGGGCCGUAGAUAUUAAUAAUCAGAUACAAGAUCAUAUGACAUCAUUUCAUGAUAUUAUGUGA